AUGGAAAAUGAAAUAAGCAUGAUAGAAAAGAACCAGACAUGGGAGUUGGUGAACAGACCAUUUGAUAAACCUGUGAUUGGGGUAAAAUGGGUAUACAAGACAAAAUUGAAUCUAGAUGGGUCAAUUCAGAAGAACAAGGCCAAACUAGUUGCAAAAGGUUAUGCACAAAAGCCAGGGAUUGAUUAUAAUGAAACCUUUGCACUUGUGGCCAGAUUGGACACCAUAAGAACUCUCAUUGCAUUGGCUGUAAAGAACAACUGGAAGCUGUAUCAGUUGAAUGUGAAAUCUGCAUUUUUGAAUGGGGUACUUGAAGAAGAAGUCUACAUAGAGCAGCCAUAUGGAUUUCUAGUGAAGGCUAAAGAGGAUAAAGUGUACAAAUUGCACAAGGCUUUGUAUGGAUUGAAGCAUGCACCUAGGGCCUGGUAUGGAGACAUUGAUUCUUACCUUGUGCAAUGUGGUUUCAAAAAAAGUACCAGUGAGGUAACUUUGUAUGUGAAGUGUAAGGGAAACUCAGAGUUGGUCAUAGUAUCAAUAUAUGUUGAUGACAUUGUUUACACUGGUAACUCACAAGAAUUGUUGCAGGAAUUCAAGUCAGAUAUGAUGCAGAAGUAUGAGAUGACAGACUUGGGUUUAUUGCAUCACUUCCUAGGAAUGGGAGUUAUACAUAGUGAUAAUUGCAUCUUUCUACAUCAGAGGAAGUAUGCUUCUACUCUCUUACAAAAAUUUGGCCUGCAAGAGUGCAAAUCAGUGAGUAUUCCUCUUGUUCCAAAUGACAAACUAAGGAAGGAUGAUGAUAGUGGAGCUGCAGAUGAGGCUCAGUAUCAAAAACUGGUUGGAAGCUUACUUUACCUUACUGCAACCAAACCAGACAUAAUGUAUGCUACUUGUUUGUUGUCAAGGUUUAUGCAUUGUCCAACCAACAAGCAUUAUGGAACGGCUAAAAGGGUUCUUAGAUAUAUUCAAGGCACUCUUCAUUUUGGUUUGGAGUACAAGAGAGGAGAAGAGACAAUUUUGAUAGGCUUCUGUGACAGUGAUUGGAGUGGUUCAGAAGAUGACAUGAGAAGUACAUCUGGAUAUGCCUUCACCUUUGGCAAUGGGGUGUUUUCUUGGACAUCUGUGAAGCAACAAUGUGUUGCUCUAUCCACAGCAGAAGCCGAGUAUAUUAGUGCCUCAGAAGCUACGGCACAAGCGACAUGGUUAAGAUUUGUGUUGGAGGAUUUUGGUGAAAUGCAAGCUGUUGCCACACCACUGAAUUGUGACAACACCUCAGCCAUUGCAAUCACCAAGAAUCCAAUCUUUCAUCAGAAAACCAAACACAUAAAUCGGAGGUAUCACUACAUCAAGGAAGCUUUACAACAAGGUGUAAUCGACUUGCUUCAUUGUCCUACAAAGGAGCAAGUAGCUAACAUAUUCACUAAGGUUUUGGCAAGAGAACAGUUCUCAUAUCUUAGAGAAUUGCUUGGGGUGAAAUCAGUUCACAAUUUGAAGGGGAGUGUUAAUGUGUAA